AUGGCGAUCAAGUUGUUUCGGGAUCCAGCAAUGGCCGGUCCGAUUACAUUCCUUCAAUACUCGCCUGACGGCGCCAAAAUUCUCUGCGGUCAUGGUGCUAUUUUAUUGAAAAUAUGGGACCCGGAAACAGGGCAGCCCAUCGUACGCUCACUUGAAGAACACACCGAGUCGGUCAAUUUUGUUUCCUACUCGCCUGAUUCGAAUUACAUUGCGUCGGCGUCUAAUGAUAAAACUGUUGGUGCUUGGAGGGUGAGCGAUGGCUGCCCUUCAAGCCCUCCAUUUAUUGGCCAUACCCAUGUUGUCAUUUCGAUAGCUUGGUCUCCUGAUCGUUCUCACGUUGUUUCAGGAGGCGAUGGUAAAACCAUCACAAUCUGGGAUGUCCAAAUGGACUAA